AUGUUGCCAAUCGAAUUCGUUCAGGUCUCGAAAGUUGGCACUCUAGUUCUAAAUAUAUUCAAUCGGUCCAGGUUAAUCUGCGACGAUGUCGUGACAAGAGCUAUAGUGGCUAUGGGGAACACUCAAAUCAAACCCCAUCCCCGACAACGAAACAAAAAGCAAGUGCAUUGGAAAGCCGCAGGAGUUUUAAGAAGUUGCUUCAGCAGUAGUAGCUUUUCCAAGUCAAGAAUAGCUCGACCACAUGCUCCAGGAAAACCAUCUCUUGCUUCCGAUGGAGAAUCUACACCCGAUUUGGUCACCAUACGAUGGAAUAAACCCAUCAACGAUGGCGGCUCACCAAUAUCCGGUUAUUUAGUCGAACAUAGACGAGCUGGUUCGCCUCACUGGGUACGGGCAACUCCUCUACUUGUCCAGCUUACCGAACUAACCAUAAGUGGUCUUGAACCGGGAUGGAGGUACCAAUUCAGAGUCCGAGCAGAAAAUGCAGUAGGUCUGUCUGAUCCUAGCGAGCUAUCUGAACCAAUUACUGUGACUCUUCAACGAUCAGCUGUCACAUCACCACGUAUAACUCAGGAACUUCAGGACACUGUUGCUUUAGAAAAUGACAAAGCUGAAUUUGUGGUCCAUUUCUUGGGACAGCCCGCACCGAAGAUUUGCUGGUACAAAGAUGCUUUUGAAAUAUUCAGCAGUAGAAGGAUCAGAAUAUUAACGGAACCGGACAGAAGCGUACUUACGAUUCAUCAGUGCUCGCUUUCUGAUGAAGGAGAAAUCAAAUGUACUGCUACAAACCGCGCUGGACAUGUAUCUACUAAAGCUAAAUUGACAGUAAAUGCUCCACCGAGUAUAAGGCUUCCAAGGCAAUACGAAGAUGGUUUGCUUUUCGAGAUCGGAGAGUUAAUACGAUUAAAAGUAUCGAUUGCAGGACGUCCGACUCCAUUAGUCCAUUGGAGCCAUAAUGGAGAAUCGAUUAAAAAUAACGACCGAUACGAAAUGGAAUACAUGGAUAAUUCCUCGGUUUUAAAAAUAAACGACGCCGAACGCGAGGAUCGAGGAGAAUAUAUGAUAAAAGCUGUGAAUAAACUAGGAGAAGAUGUUCAAUCUUUUCUGGUAACCGUUACUGAUAAGCCAUCGCCGCCUGGUAGAGCAAGAGUCGUCAUGGCUCUCGGUAGAACCGUAACUUUAUCAUGGAGUACCCCACGAGAUGAUGGUGGAUGCAAAAUAGGAAACUAUAUUGUAGAAUACUACAGGUUAGGUUGGGACGUUUGGCUUAAAGCUGCUACUAGUAGGCAACUAACUACGAUUCUGGGAGAUUUAAUAGAAGGAAGCGAAUAUAAAUUUAGAAUUAAAGCAGAGAGUCCUUAUGGAAUCAGUGAACCCAGUGAGGAAUCUGAAGUUGUAUUUAUUCCUGAUGCUAAACGGGGUAUUUUACAACCUCCUCCUAGAAGUAAAAGUCAACCUAGAGACAUAGAUGCAAAUAUAAACGAAGGAGUACUAACACCAGUUGCUAGAAGAAAACACAAGCAGCGAUCUUCAUCUUCACCUCGGGUAGAUGAAAGUCACUCACCGUCUCCAGUUGCAUUAGAAGAUAAAAAUGCUCCCCCCAAACGUCCCAUGCGAACUAAAGUUAAGAGUCCUUCAAAAACACCAGAAGCAUCUCCUCUUCCAACAAAAAGAGAUUUAGACAGUCAAUCAAAUAAAAGAGAAUUGGAAACAAAACUCAAUAAAGAAAUAUUUGAACGUUCAGAUCGAUCAUCAAUGGCCAGAGACUUGGCUUAUGGAAGUCCGGAUAUUAAAGUUAAAAGAGAUUUACAUCCUAUGAGCUCCAUGAGUUCGAAUAUCUCUAGUGGCUCAGAUAAAUCAAGGACGCCAAGUCCAAAUCAGAAUGCGAAUGGACAUAAAGUUAUUAAAGUCAAGAUCGAACUUCCUCCUGAGCAAGUAACUACUAAGAAAACUCCUCCUGCCAGUCCUGAAAUGAGGAAGAUGAGGUUAUCAAGAGAAAAUAGCGAAAAUUUAAAUGGUAGUUCGGAGUUUAUGUUGGUACUGUAUCCUGAUGAUGAUCAAAAAGGUAAUUCAGACUUUGACUUUGGGGAAAAUUCCAUACCACCUCCAAUGUCCCUAUCUGCUCCCGAACUAGGAACUGACUCUCCAAUCUUUAAUUUAUUAAAAACAAGUGCUAGUUCCUCUGAACUUCUUCACGAACGAGCAAUGAUCCGUCUAUACGAAGCUGCCAAAGCAGAAGAAAUUGAAUUGGAGAGGAGAAGAAAAUCGAUAGAACUUAGAGGCCUCAACAUUGAAAUUCCAAAAAUACAAAUUAACUCCAAAGACCAACAGGAGAAACUUGAAUUAGAGAGAAUACAUUCCUUUAAAAGAAGAUUAUCUGGUGGGGCAGGUCAACAAUUACGGCUUCGAAAAUAUAGCCUUAAAGACAUUGACGAUUUAAGAGGAGAUGAUCUGAGAAAACUACAAAAAUCCAAUUUAACACAACUUGAAAAAAAGGAACUUAUGAUGAAUCGUCAAAGAUCUGAAUCUGAAGAAAGGGAGGAAAAAAUAUUCGAAGAAUUAAGAAGUAAAAAGGAAUUGAAGAAACAAUCGAGCACAGAAAGACGCAAAAUAAAUAUUGCAGACGAAGGUAAAUGGGCUGAUGACUAUGUUUCAAGUACAGAAGAAUCCUCGUAUGAAGACGAUGAAGAAGACAAUAUUGAAAGGAAUAGAAAAUUCUCAUUUUAUAAUAGCGAGGACGAGGAUGAAGAUACUUACCAUCCUAGAGGGCUAAAAAUGAUGCCGUAUAGUGAUAAAGAACCAUUUGAAAUUUUAACUAAAAGAAAAGAACCUCCUGAUCCAGAUUUCAUUCCUAAACCAAUUUUAAAGAAAAAAGAACAUGGCGAGGUUUCACCACUUGCCAUGUCCCCGCCAACAUCGCCUAAAUUAAAAAGGUCGCUUUCACCCAUUCCACCAAGUAUUUUUAAAAAAGAAAUUUCGUUAGCAGAAGCUUCCCUAAACCUUCCAUUACUGAAAAGAACGAUUCCUGAAGGAGAAGAAAUAUCGGUACCAUCAAGACCUAGGUCAUCUUCACUUACAUAUGAAGAUAACAGUUUUCUGAAAGAACAACCAAAACCGAUGAAGCAAAGGCAAAGAGCUUCUUCUUUGCUACCUCAAGCAGAAUUAUUUCAAAAAUCUCUAGUUGAAGAUAAACCAAUGAGCGGCCGGAAAAGGUCAUUUUCUCUAAUACCAGUUGAAGAAAAAUCAGAAGUAACGCCUGAGAAUCUUUAUAGUUCUGAAAAGCCUACGAUGUCAUUCCUAAUGCAAACUAUUUCUGCAGCAGCAACAAUAUCUGGCAUAACUGCAGCAAGUAUUGUUUUGCCAGAUAGAUUGUUUGAAAAACAAAAGGACGCUGAAGAAGCUAAGGUAGUUAUAGAUCAUUAUGGUGACAUAGUUAAGACCCAUGGUAAUAAGAAUAAGAAUCCUUAUUUGCAUAAAAGUAGGGAAUCAUUGCAAAGGCAGAGCAUAGAAUCAUUACCUAGGGUUGAUGAAAGUAAUGAGGAGCUGUCAUACGCAAGUAAUCAUUUAGAAGACAAACAAAAUAAUAAAGCAGGUUUUAAAUAUGACCCUUUACGUAGUUUACCACCAAGUAAUUAUCAAAAUCCAGUUUCAUCUAGAGUAAGUGGAAACAAUCAAAUUGUUAAAACCGAUAAUAUUAGUAAAUACCAUGAUCAGUACUCAACUUACAAAGUACAUGAGAGUAUUGAAAGUCGAAAUGUCCAAUCACCUCCGCGAAUAACUGCUUCUGGCAGUAAUUCAAACACAUCAACAUUAGGUCACGAGAUGGAAUCUAGAUUUAAAAGGUCAAUGAGUCCAUCGCCAGAAACAAGAGAAAGUAAGGAAUCACCUUUAAAUAUACAAUCAACUUCAAAUGAACCCAGAACGUUCACGCAUAUGUCAAAUGCUUCUAGUAAUGAAAAUCCAAGCAGAAUGAAUGCCUCCUCUCCAGAAUUAGAAGCAAAUAAAGCUAACACAAAUCAAAGAACACGGGCAUUUUCUCCAAGUUUUGAUUCAGAACGAUCUAGAACGUUCUCGCAAUCAUCAGAUACAUCUAAGAAAAGUGAUACAUCAACCAAAAGCAGAACGUUCUCUCAAAAAUUAGAAAAUGGUAAAAAAAGUUCAACAAAUCAAAGAACCCGAACGUUUUCACCUUCUUCAGAUUCAGAAAGACGAGAAAAAAGUCAACCUGUAAUAGUGCCCCAAGGAAGAAAAGUAUCAGCAUCUCCCAUGCGUAAAUCUGAAAAAAGAAAAACUGCUUCUCCUUAUCCUGAAAACAGAAAUAUUUCUACGUCUCCGUUAAGAUUGGAGGAUCAUUACCAAAACAAAAUUCCCUCAAAAAGAAAAACUUCUCCUUCUCCAAUGCGAAAACGAACUGAACCAUCGCCUAUGAGAACAAGGCCCCCAAUGUUAAAAGAAAUCAUGACGCAAACUUCUGAAGGUUUAGGAUCCUUUGAUGACAGUUAUCCUGGAUCGUCUUCACGUUCCUCGAAACAAGAAGAAUUAAUAGCAAAAGCCGAAGUUAAAGUACAUCGGUUCUUUGAUUAUCUUACUGAUUUAGUUAUGUUUAUGGUUGCUUGUUGGUUGUAUCUUUUUAAGGAUGAACUUUUGGCUGUUCCUGUGUUAUUGGUGUUGGUUUAUAGACAGUUGCAAGCUGAAAUUUCUAAAAGAAUUCCAAACUGGCUAGUGAGAUUCGUAAGAAGAUUAAGAAGAAUUAAAGGUGGUAAUAAUAGUUAAACAGUUAUUAGUAAUCUGCUUUUUCAACAGCUUCUUAUUCUAGUUGUAUUCUAUAUUGUAGAAUGAUUAUCAAGAAAUAAACUAGUUAAUUAACAAAAUAACGAACAGCAGAAUUAUUUAAAAAUUUCGCAAUAAAGUUUCCAAUUAACAAAUUCUUUAAAAUCAUUAAAUUGCUGAUUAAAAUAUGAAAAUUAUUAUUAUCUACUCGUGAUUCAAUGGGUUUUUCUUCGUGACAAAUUUAAAUUGUUUCGAUACAUUUUUUGAACAUCCUGACAAUGCUUUUAAUAGCGUAAAUGUUUCCUGUAAUAAUUUUGUAGACAACGUACAAGUACAAGAUGUUUCCAAGAAAUAUACAGAAUAUCCUAAAAUUACUGUUUGGUUAUGGAAAUAAGCUUUAAAUAUUGGUAAAAAUUAUUUCAGUAUGUUUGGACAAAUAUUAUUAGGGGAGAUAUGUCUGAGAUGGCAUACUUUUUUUAGUUGAUGAAAUAUCUGUAAUAAAUAAUGAUAGAAAAAGUGUGGUUUGAAUUUUUGGCAUACCCAAUGUCAAAUUAAUAAAUUAAUAAAAAUAUUAUAAAACAUAGCACAAAGAACAUUCAUAACUACCAGGAAAAGAUGGCAUACUCAUAAAAAUAGAUAGAACUUUUAGCAAACUAUAUUAUUAAACCUUAUACAGGUAUUAAAAUUACAACUUGCCGCAUAUUUUUGCUUACUUAAACCAUAGCUGUCUUGAUCGUGACCAGGGAUAAAGUUUAUUGCAAUGUAUUCGAGAAAUAUAUCCUCGUUUUCUGCUAAGUCCUCAACAUUUUUUUUCUCGUCGUCAGAGCUAUCAACGUUGCCGCAUUUUUUUUUUAUGAUCUGGAAGGUUGUCGCAAUGGCUGAAGUGACAUGUCACUCCCUAUACUUCCCAUGUUAAAUUCUGGCUCAAUCUCAAUGUCCUCAGUACUUCUUCCCUAUUGGUCUGGCGUAUUUUUGACAAGUCAGGGGUCAUCAAUCAGCACGUUGGUUGCUGACACAUGAGAAAAAUAACAUCUAAAAGUAAAAAAUAUUCAGGUUUUAAGCCACUUGAAGACAAAAUUAGUGUGGUUAUUACAAAAUUUAGGUUUUUUUUGGUUUUUAAAAUAAUGUUGACGUCGUUGCUUCCUCCCUAUUGGUCUGGAGUAUUUUUUACUAAUAUGGCGUCACCAAUCAGAACAUUGGUUGCUGUCACAUGAGAAAAAUUACAUCUAGAAAAUUGUUUAGUAUUUUUGCAGUUUUUCGCUGCACAUACCUUCAUGAUGUAAUUUGUAUUAAAAAAUACAGAUCUAUAAAAAAAUUCUAUUAUAAAUAAAUGUUUGAACCAAAAAGGGAAAACUAGGUUAUACCUAUUAGAUUAGAUACAUUUUACUCAUCAUCGGGUUGGUGGUGUAGCAGUCUAACGCGCUUAUAUUCAUUUAUAGGAAAGUUUAUGGUCGGAGACUGCCGGGCUUCGAAUCCCACAACAGAAUGUGGAUUUUUAAUUAAAUUGCAUGGUUCGGUAUAGGAUUUGAUGUGUGUCGUAUUAAUAGAAAUUCAAUUUCUGUUGAUAUGACAUGCAGAUUAUAAAAAUCGCUAUGCAUUACCGUCUCGAUGAUGGUGGGUGAAGUUUUCCGGGUUUUUCUCACCUGUGAGUCAUCUUUAAGUCGCCCCGGAGCGCCACGGCAAAUAAUAAUAUUAGCCGUCCCUUUCCCCCCUAAUUUAUUAAUUCAUGCAAGCUAAUUUAGCGCAAUUACAUAGAUAAUAUAGAACAAAUACAAAUAAACAAUGAAAAAAUUAAUUAUUUAAACAAAAGUUCAAUUAAGGUUUGAAAAUUCAUUAAAAUGUUUAGGAAGGUACGUGGGAUGGUAAUAAUUGCAAUAUUUCGGGUCUAUUUAUUUUAUUAAAGGUAUCAAACAGCGUCUUUGUUUUACAGUUAAAAUUAUCUUAAUUUAUCUCUUAAUCGAGUUGUUUUGAUUAUAUUAUAUUCGGGUCACCUAUGGUAUUAAAAAAAAUGAAUAUCGGAAAACCUUGUUCUGACUUUUUUUUAAAUUUCUAAUAGGGUUGGGGUGUACUCUUCAUACGAAAUUAUUAAAGCAAAUUCAAGUGUAGGCCUCUUUAAGCUAAAAUAGAGCAGUUUAAUUACAUUUAUGUCAUUAAAUACAUGCGUUUGUCUUGUUAAAUAUCCUAAUAAUCGAUUAGUAGAUCUAACCAUACGUGAUUCGUAAAUGAAAAAGUAUUGUUGUUUGUAUCGCCUGUAUAUUUGACUUUAGUUCUUCUCUAAAAAACCUCUUCAUCCAUAUGAUAUUCAAAAUUUUUAAAUUCUUUUAUAAACCAUAAAAAUAAGAUAGGUCCCAAAUUAGAUCCCCGAGGUACCCCAGAGAUGGCAUAAAGUUUUCCAGUAGUAUUUUCGUCUUUUUUAAUAACGAAUUAUCUCUUUUAAGAUAAUUUUAAUCAAUUACAAAAGUUUCGUGUUAAUCCAAAUUCACUAAUCUUACUCAAAAGAAUGUCAUGGUUUCCCUGGUCAAAGGCUUUGCAAAAGUCUGUAAAUACUGCUUCUAGAUGAGAUUUGUUUUGUAAAAUAUCAAAAUUAUUGUUACUGUAAAUUAGUAGAUUAUUGCUGAUAUACUUUUGGGCCAUGAACGCAAGGGCAGCUCCAUUGAGGGGAAGAGGUUAUUAAUACACGAGCAUUAACCGGAAUAUGUAACGAACCGAAGGAGUGUUUCAUAUACGAGUAGUUUACGAAAGGGUAUUAAUAUUACAUAAAAAUUGCCCAUACUAUUUUGUCUACGACCAAAAAGCAGGACUUCAAUAUGAAAAAGUAGAUUUAAUAUUUAUUUAAUUUGUAGUAGGUCAAACAUCUCAAAACCUUUUAUUCAAUUUUUUUAUUUCUGCAAUUACUACUAACUAUAACACUAAAUAAUUAAAUUUCUAAUAACUUUUAAAUUUAAUAACCACCUUAAGUAACAUUAAACACGACAGAAGACGAUUUUGGGUAUUUAUUUUUAAAAUUAGUUAUUGUGUCCUAU